UAAGAGGCUUCCGCGAUGUCAGAUGACUUCCUCCUUGGCAAAGAAGGGUGUGUGCUGGAAAGAAGGGAGGAAGGGCCAUUCCUUCCCUCAGGCGUACAAGUGAGGCCGCGGGCGGGUGUGGUCCAUAGCCAGGGUCGCGCUUACACACGCAUAUAUAAGCUGUUACUGUCGGGAAUCCAGCCACACUUCCUCCGCAAGCACACAUUCAGGAUGGGGUACAAAGUUUUAAUGGUGACGUGCCUGUUGGCGUUUGCCUGGGCCCUCGAAGACACGGCAACAGAGCUCCCAGAAGACCUGGACGAAGCUGCCGCUGACACAGACAAUACCACCGUCGUCCCCAUACUGCGGCACAUCAACAAAGUCAACAAGGACGGAUCCUACACCUUCGGGUUUGAGGCAGCUGAUGGAACCUUCAAGAUCGAGAAUCGCGACAAAGAGGGCAAUGUGAGAGGCAAAUAUGGCUACAUCGACGACCAAGGCGAGCUCAAAGUUGUCGAGUACACUGCCGGCAAUAACACUGGCUUCGAAGCUGAAUCUGACUUGCUACCCAAGAGACCUUCUCCAAAUUUAAAUAAGGACCUGACGCGUCCUUUUAGAAAUCUGUUUAACACGCAGGGUGGUCCACAGUUCCAAUCGCAACCUCAGUUCCAAUCACACCCUCAGUUCCAAUCACACCCUCAGUUCCAAUCGCAGCCUCAGUUCCAACAGCAACAACCUCAUUUUCAAUCGCAGCCUCAGUUCCAACAGCAACAGCCUCAGCUCCAGCCACAGUCUCAGUUCAAACCUCCAUCCCAGUUUACUCCCGGCCCUCAAUUUGCUCCAUCCGAGCCUCAGUCUACCCAGUUUCUCCCUCGUCCACAGCCUCAGAUUAAUCACCAUGCUCAUCCUACAGCCCAACUCCCAUUCGUUGCACAGGCCGAAGCCCAGCCUCAUAUCACCUCCCGUCCAGGAACCCGGACCCAGCCCCAGCCUAAUUCGUUGUCAUCAACCCGUUCACAAUUUCAGCCCCAGUUCCAAUCUCGUCCCCAAACCCAGUUUUCCUCUCGUCCACAGCCCCAGUUUCCCACUCAUCCUCAGCAGUUUACCCCAAGUAGCCACCGUCCCCAGUCUCCCCAAGUUACGCAGCGUCCCAUAAAUGUUGCCCUGGACGGUUUCUCAGAAGAUAAUAACCAGGACGGUUUCGUCGAUGGGUCACCAGAAGAGGCCAGGAAGGGAAGACCUUCCAGUAGGUUGCCUGCAGGCACCUUCGGACUGCCACCAGACCCACAGGCUUCCCUACCCCGCCCGCCGCCCGUCCAGCCUCGCCCACAGCUCGUUUCUCAGGAGCCACAGUCGCUGUUCUUCCAGCAGCAGGUCCCUCAAGGCUUCAACAGAUUCGCACAGCAGACGCCACAGUUUGACCUCCAGCAGCUGACUCCACAACAGAUUCAGCAGCUUUUGGCAACUCAGCAGUUGACACCACAACAGAUUCAGCAGCUUUUUGCAGCCCAGCAGCAGUCUUCUCAGCCACAAUUCUUCGCUCAGCAGACGCCACAGUUUGACCCUCAGCAGCUGACUCCACAACAGAUUCAGCAACUUUUGGCAACUCAGCAGCUGACACCACAACAGAUUCAGCAUCUUGUAGCCCAGCAACAGUCUUCUCGGCCACAAUUCUUCCCACAGCAACAAUUUGGGGGCCAACAAUUCUCCCCACAGCAAUUCGGUGGACAACAAUUCAUCCCACAACGGCAUUUAGGGGGUCAACAAUUCGUCCCACAGCAAUUCGGAGGCCAGCAAUUCUUACCACAGCAAUUCGGGAACCAGCAGUUUGUCCCACAACAAUUCGGAGGUCAACAGUUUACGCCACAGCAAUUCGGAGGCCAACAGUUUACGCCACAACAAUUCGGAGGCCAACAGUUCCUUCCACAGCAAUUCGGUGGGCAGCAGCAGUUCCCAGGUCAGCAGUUCGGGCACGGAAUCCAGCCGUCUGCAACAAAGAAAUCUGAGGAGUCUACCAAGUCCCACUCUGAAGCCUCUCCAAAGAAGUCCACAGCAAUCCCAAAGCCCCCACAGCCUAAAGCUGAAUAGUUACUACUGCAUCCACAACCUGUAGUGCUAAACCGCUAUUUAUUGUCUGUUAGUUCGGACCAUACCCGAUAAAUACCAUACGCAAAAUUUGAAUUUCCACCCGGAAUAGUUCGUAUGUGCAAUAUGUGAGGUCUCAUUUGUAUAUAAUCUUCCAUAA